AUGGCUACAACAAUGAGUUUAUCUAACUUAUCCACAAAUAUCGAUUUAUUAUCAUCAUCAUCAGCAGUAGCAGCAGUAGCAGCAGCAUCAUUACAUGGACAUGAUGUAACUAUCCAAACAAAUAAUAGUCAUAAUUCAUUAGAUCAAUCAAUUACACCACAAUUAUUUACUCAAUUAGGAACAAUUACCUCUUCGACAAUAUCACGUGAUCCUAAUGAAUUAUGUACAAAUAUGGUUGAUAGACAUUUAACAAAUUCUAAUUUUUCUUCAUUUAUUCAACAACAUUCACAAUAUCCUAUAUCAAAUCAAUUAACAUCAAAUUCAUCAAAUUAUUUUACACAAUCUAAUACACAUUUAUCUACAACUAAUUGUGUCAGUAUGUUACAACAACAACAACAGCAACCGCAACCUCAUCAUCAUCAACAUCAACAACAUUCAGAAUUGAAACGUGAUCAUUAUGAAAUGUUAGAUAUGUCAACAGAUCCAACUAAUCAAUUUGGUUUAGUACGUUCAUGGAUAGCUCAACAACAACAACAACAACAGCAACAAAAUCGGCAGAAUAAUGUUAAUCAUCUUCAUCAUCCUAAUCCUCAUCAAAAUUCACCAGAAUGUUCUAAUUCACCAUCGGAUCAGUCUAAUUUUUUAAUUAAUACACCUAAUCAAUCACAUGGUUGUCUUAUGAAUUCACAAUCACAAAAUAAUAAUAAUAAUAAUCCUAAUUUUAAUCAUAUUUUAUCUAUAUCACCUAAUUCUUUGGGUAAUCAUAAUACAACUAAUAAUAAUAGUAAUACUAAUAAUAGCACAAAUAAUGGUACUCGUAAUGGUUCAAUGGUUUCUGCAUGUUCUGCAGUUGCUGCAGUACAUCAUUUAACUCAAAUGAGUAAUCAAAUGGUUGGUGCAAUAAAUGCAAGUAAUAAUAAUAAUAAUCCUAAUAACAAUUCUGUUGUUGGAUGUUUAUUUGAUAAUACUACUGGUUCAAUGAUCAAUAAUCAUGUUCCGUUCAAUAAUAGAGGUUUAUCAUCGAAUCAGUUAGUAAAUCCUACAAG